GCGCGUCAAGUCGCAUCCAACCGAAUCGUUUCGCUCCGUCCCGCUCUACUUUGGGUCUCGACCAGCCUCGUGCGCAGGAUCCAGAUCCAACUCCACUUCGGGCUCGGGCUCGGUCGCUUCGGCAAGGAAAAAAGAUUGGCAGCGCCAGGAGACGACUGGAGGCGCGAGUAAAGGGAGAACAAGAGAGAGAAAGGAGGAAGAGAGAAGAUAAAAGGAAAGAGGAUAAGGGGGAGGCGACUCGAACCCGCGGAGGCCACCGCGCGCGCUCUCCAGAUCCGGCGCAAGUCCAGCUCGCUGCCGCGCUCACCAAGGGAGAAGGACGCCUCGCUCCGGAAUCCCGACCUAGGGUUCCCCGCGCCUCAGAUCCAGCCUCCAGCAGAUCUGUGCCACCUUCGCUGGCGCCUGGUAACAUGACACCAACGGUCCUCAUGGAGUUUGCGCCGCAGAGGCAGAUUAAACGGAGCUAUGAUGAAAUGGCCUACCGAGGUGUGCCCCGUGGGUAUGCAGAGACUGUUGGCGAGUCAGGCAGCCCUGUUCGUGUUGACUCGCAAGAUUCGUCUGCGCCAAAACGCAAGUGCAUCAGCCUUAACAGUGAUGGCUUUGGUGUGAAGCGGGAGAUCUUUGUCCCCUCUAAGAUGUCAUCGUCUGAGCGGCGGUACCUUCGCAAGAGAUUCCGCUCAGAGCUUGAUUCGGUCCGGGAUCUCCUUAAGAAGCCAGAAUUUUUGGCCAUAAUGCCUGUCAGCAGGGCACCUGCGUACUCAUCCUCUGCUGCUCCUCGAGCUAAAAAAGUGAAAGGGGGGAGCCAUGUUCUCCGUGGUGCCAAGGGGCGCUUCUUGCCUACAAAGCCCCGGCCUGAAACGUCUAUGGUGUUGCCCGAAGCUACGAUUCUGCAGAUGUGUGAAGGUAUUCUGAAGAAGCUCAUGACUCAGAAAUGCAGUCAUAUUUUUAAUAUUCCGGUAGACGUGGAAAAGCUGAACAUUCCAGAUUAUAAUGACAUUAUCAAGCACCCGAUGGACCUUGGGACAAUCAAGAAGAAGCUAGAUUCUGGUUCCUACACAAGGCCAUCUGAUUUUGCAGCUGAUGUCAGGCUGACCUUUAGCAAUGCGAUAGCUUACAAUCCUCGAGGGCAUGCAGUGCAUGAUAUGGCCAUUCAACUGAAUAAAAUGUUUGAGUCUAGAUGGAAGACAGUGGAGAAGAAGUUGGCUUCUGCUGCAAUGAAGCCACAUGUUGAGGUUGAUAGGGCCGACUCAAAGAGGAGAAAGACCCCUCCUGUUGACCACAGGGACUUGUCAAUAGAGCGUGUCAGGCCAACUGAAAUUAUGAAGCCAAAGAUGACAUUUGAGGAGAAAGAAUCCUUUGGAAACUGCUUAGCUUCUUUGUCCGAGGAGCCAGAAUUAUUACCUGGUCACAUCAUUGAUUUGUUACAGCAGUGUAUUGACAACAACACAGAUCAGCCUGGGGAUGGAGAGAUAGAGAUUGAUAUCCAUGCACUCAGUGAUGAUAUACUAUUAGAACUGAAGAAGCAUGUCGACAAAUAUUUGCAAGAGAGAGAUAACCAGCAGAAAAAAUCAGAGCCCUCUGAGAAUGAGGCUGUGAACGUUCCUGGCCUUCCUGGCCUCAGUCACCUGUCCACAAAUCCCUGCAAAGGUGGUGAGCCUAUUGAGGAGGAUGUGGACAUUUGCGGCAAUGCAUCCCCUAUAUUGAUAGAGAAGGAUCCUCAGAUCAGAACUAACAAAUGUGGUAGUCCAAGUAGUUCCAGCAGUGACUCGGGAUCUUCAUCCAGCGAUUCUGACUCGGGCAGUGAUACUGAAAGCGAAUCAGAAAAGGUUGGUAGCCCAGCAAAGCUUGCGAAGGUUACUAAAAUACCAGAACAACCUGCAGAGCAAGAAAAGAGUGAUGUUAUUAACCCUGUUGAUGCUAACCACACGGCCGGUGAUGUGGAACUCCGUGAGCAGGACAAUGAGUCCAAGGCUGCACCUGAGGGGGAGAAUGCAAAACCCGACAGGCAAGUCUCCCCGGACAAGCUCUUACGAGCAGCUCUUUUGAGGAGCCGUUAUGCUGAUGUUAUUGUUAAAGCCCGUGGGAUUCUCAGCCAGGGUGAGGGUGGAGAUAAACAGGAGGAGCUGGAGAAACUGCAGAAGGAAGAAAAAGAACGGCUUUUGGCUGAAGGUAAUGCAGCCAUGGAAGCUCGCAGAGCUGAAGCCGAAGCUGAAUCCAAGCGUAAGCGGGACCUUGAGAGGGAAAAGGCUCGUCAGGCCUUGCAGGAGAUGGAGAGAACUGUAGAAAUUAAUGACAGCGUCCAUCCCAAGGACCUAGAAAUGCUUGGUACAAUCACCACGGAACAUAUUGUAAGUUCUGUUGAUGAGACGAGUCCUGAGCAUUCCCAGGAUGGCAUGCCCAGUUUUCUUCCUGGUUCUGGCAGCAUGUUGGAAAAACUUGGACUAUUUAUGAAAGUAGAUGAGGACGAAGAGGAAGAUGAGCCAUGCAGUUUCCCUAGCAGUAAAGAUGUGGAGGAAGUAGAAAUCGACUAAUGUCUGUUGACAUGUUGGAGCCUUAUCGUCAAAGACAGAACAAUUUGUUUCAGCUUGACGAGGGAAAUUGUUGGGUAGCUGUGCACAUAUCAGACAUUUUUUUCUGAAACGGUGCACCGGAUUCCCUCAUCAUAUUUGAUGCCGCUGGAGGUGUUAAGUCAUGCUUGCAGGAUGCAUGCCCUUGGAAGGGAGGAUAGAGAUCGAGGCCACCAUGUUUCCUGCACGGCCCUUGGAAGGGAGGCUAGAGAUCGAGGCCACCAUGUACAGCUGCAAAUGAAAAUGUGAGUUCAUCUCCCAGAUGAACUAUUUCUCCCAGAAUCGAGACGUUGCUGGCAGCGGUUGUCGGGUGUAUUAUGAUCUGAUGAAGCUCAUGUAGAGCCUUGGAAAUACAGGACCAAAUGGUUCCGUCACACUGCUCACCUCCAUCUGCACUGUGAUCCAAGUGUGUUUUCCCCUAGCGGCUAGUUGUUUCCUCAGCAUAGCUUGUCUUUUUAGUUUUUGAUGUUUUGUUGCUUCCUGCUGUAAAUUCAAAUUUUGAUGUAGUCGAGGAAGUGCUUUAGUUGUUUGCUGGGCAUCUGUGAUGAACAGCUCCUGCUAUUCUUGUAACAGGAAAAACGUGUGCAAAUGUGAUAAUACUAAAUUCAGUUCAAAAAUGUUGUGAACUCCCUCGA